UUUGUCUGCGAAAGGAAAGGAAAAAGACCUAAAUAAACCCACUGGUCACGAUUGCCGACAACAAGAAACCUUCUUCAUCAUCGAAAACACCAUCACUCAAAUUCUUCCAAAAGAGAAAGUAAAUGGGAAGAUAUUUAAUAACUGGAUACUCCCUAACUCACUCUCUCUGCAGUAUUCAUUCAUUCAUUCAUUGUCGAUAAGUGGCAGGCAGGCAGUCUCCCAGGGCCUGCCGGAGGCCGGAGGGACAUGAGGGGAGUGUUGGCGAUCGAGGAACCACAGAACAACGCUGUGGCCUGAAAUUCUCGAUUUCUCGUUUUCGGUUAGUCCCUUUCCAACUUUCUCCACUGCUUCCCUGCUCCCGCUACCCCAUCUGCUCCUGAUCUCUCUCUCUCUCUCUCAAGGCGUGAGUUUUCUCUAGUAUUUCAGCUUCAUCAGAAGAACUCCAUUGCCACUUUAUAUGUUUGCUAACACUAAUUAUCCAUUUGAUCCUCUUUUUUGGCCGUUGCUCAUCGGAAACGCCAUCUGUUCCCUGACUACACAUCUCUUGAGAAUCUUUGUUUUCUGGGCCUAACCCUUUCAGCUCGUAUCUACUUCAAACAAGAUCUACACGAUGGCCAAACCUAAUGGGAUUAUCUAUUCUUCUCCAAAACCACCUCAGCCUCUUUUGUUAUAUGCGAACACACAAGAUUUUGGGCAUAUCAAACAAAGUUUCUGGCAAGCUUAUAGAAAGCCAAAUAUUGCUACACAAGGAACUUCUGUUCUAUGCCACUGUACAGAAACUCGUCAUGCUGAAAGAGAAGAGUCCAUCAGACAGUAUCUUGAUUGUUCAGACUCAUCCAAUAUGCAAGGUGAGGAUAAGCAUCCAGCCCUGUCAGGGAGAUGUGUUACUGCAAGUCAGGGAUUAGCUGAAGCGUGCAAAUUUGUUUAUAAUGAUGCUAAGUUUGUAAAUGAAAGGGCAAAAAAUGACAUCAUACUGAUUUCUCGUGGCAUAAUGAGGUUGGAUGCUCGUGCCCGCCAAGAUGUUGCUUUUCUUGGUUCUGAAUUUCUUAAACUUGACGCCCGGGCUAGAGAAGACACUGAAAAAAUUGACCAUGAUGUCAAGAGAAAAGCUGAAAGGCUGCAUCAUGUUGCCAUUAUUCUCAAGAACACAGCUGAAUCAAGACUGAAAAAUGCUGCAGACCUUCAUUGGAGCAAUGGAGCCUUAGAGGCUGAUUUGCGGCAUGCUGAUUUUGUUGCCAAACAACGUGCAAUGGAAGAUGCUUUUAUGGCAGUGAAGUUUGUCAAAAACAUUCAUGACAUGAUGGUGAACAAAAUGUGCAAUUUGAAUAUGUGUUCUCUUAAUGCCGCCAUGAUGACUCAGCACAUUACACUUGAAAAGAAUAGAAAAAGUCUUACAUUUCCUCAUGGAGAAAUGUCUGCUGAGCGUAUUACUGCUGUCCAGGAAGCUUAUUGGGAUAUAGCAUUUGCACUAUCUGAAGCUGAUGGGAUUGACUACACUGAUCCUGAAGAGCUGGAGUUGUUGGUUUCCACACUAAUAGAUCUUGAUGCAAUGGAUGGUAAAAGUACUGUGUCUCUAUUGGCCGAGUGUUCAAGCUCUUCUGACGUCAAUACAAGGAAAGCAUUAGCUAAUGCACUAUCCGCUGCACCGUCUAUGUGGACUCUAGGCAAUGCAGGAAUGGGGGCUUUGCAGAGGCUGUCAGAAGAUAGCAACCCAGCCAUUGCAGCGGCAGCAUCCAAAACCAUCAAAGAGUUGGAGAGACAGUGGGAAAUAGAGGAGGGAGAUUGCUGGAGGUUCAUGGUUAAGGAUAACUCACAACAUGAUGAUGAUGAUGAUGCAGGCAUCUAAUAAUCAAAUAGAAACCUAUACAUAUACAUACAUAAGUUAUCCAGAGAUUCUGCUCAACAACUCAACUGUGCAGAUAUUUAGAUGUUCUUUGGAUUAUUAUACUGAUUAGUUAAUUAUGUAAUAUCAAACUUAUGUUUGGUACAACAAGUAUAUGCCAAGAUUAUCGUUUGGACUAAAGGCUAUAUGCCUGGUGCUGCGUUUGAGGUCACUGAAUUUGAAAUGCUAACUAAAUACAGUAGUAGUGAUGUUAACUGAAUAAAGUAAAAUAAUAAUG